AUGCUGUUCCAAAAUAUCCUCUUCGCUGCUUCCAUCGGCCUCGCUGCCGCAGCCUCUCAAGCUACAGGCCAAGAAUGUGGCAAGAAAAUUGCACCUUGCCCCAAUGACUCCGUCUGCAAGCCUACCCUCGCCAAUUGCAAAAACCUCAACAAGUGCCCCGGAACGUGCUACUUCAAGAACGAGUACCAAUCAUGCGGUGGCUUCCGCUCCAAGCCUCCACCACCAUGCAAGAAGAACACAUCUUGUGCGAACGACCCUCGAACACCUGGUGACUGCGGUAUGGCUUGUGACAAGCCUGGUAUUUGUGUACCCAAGAAGCCACAGAGUUGCGGUGGAUUCACGGGUAAGAAAUGCCCUAAGGGCCUGUACUGUUAUGACGAUCCUAAGGACAAAUGUGAUCCUAAGAAGGGUGGAGCUGAUUGUUCUGGAAUUUGUCUGUGA